AUGGACAAGGGUUCGCUUCUGGCAGCUUCCAAGGUGGAGCCCCUGGUUUCCAUCAACCCUCGCUCUACCGUCAUCGGUCGUCUCUGGCCUGCUCUUGCUUUCGCCGUGCGAUUCCAGUACAUGAUCAGCUCUUUUUCCUCCUUCCUGUACAUCCAGACCUAUUUCGUUGCGAGCCUCGCCGUGGUCAACGCCCUUUAUGCAAGCCGUUUCCUCGCCAUCCAGGCUUAUAUCGCGACCAGGUUUGGGGCCUUUCACGGUUUCAACAUGUCCGCCAAGGCACUCGCAGAUUUUUGGGAUGCCAAAACAACACGGAUGCUGAGGAAAAAACUCUUUUACGAGUUUGCUGUCUUUAUCCUCGGAAGUGGAAACCCUAUUAUCCUAUUACUGUUCUGGCCAGGGUGGCUGAUAGUCGGCGGGGCUUCAUUCGCAUUGUGGCAGUUUUGGGGGUGA